AUGGACGACGACCAAUCAGCCCCAAUCGCUCAGGAAUUCCUGAAGUUCUACUAUGAGACCUUUGAAGGAGACCGCCAAAACCUCGCUCCUCUCUAUCGUCCUGAAUCUAAACUCACCCUUGAAGGCGCGCCCGUUAAGGCUUCGGAGAUCAUAGAGCGGAUUGCCUCAAUGCCCGCGUUGAAGCGCGAGAUUGUCACCUUCACGUCGCAAGAGUCCGCGAAUCGCACCGGCGUCCUUAUCACGGUGCAUGGUCACCUUCUCGCCGACGACAACGCUCGGAUGAACUUCAUCCAUGUCUUCAACCUGCUUCGCGAUGCCGGCGGUAGCUUCUUCGUGAGCAACGAGAUGUACCAGCUGGUCUACAACGCCUAA